GAGGAAGAGAAAGGAAAGAGAGAGAGAGAGAGAGAGAGAGAGAGAUUGACGAAGGAGAGACGGACAGGGAGAAUUGGAGAGGAUAGAGAGAAAGGACGCACCUGGCGCGUGCGCCGCGACGCCGUCGAGGGUGAGGAGAGAGAGAGAGAUCGAGCGAUCGCGAAAGGGGUAGGGGGUGAGGAUUGCUCGCGAGGAGGGACGUAUACAGUUGCCUCGUAGGGCCAGUCGUUCCUCCUUCGUCGUUCCUUCACUGCCGUGCGCUUUUAACGAAAUUAUUCCGCGAUACUCGGCGCGGGGGGGGAGAGGCGAAGAAAGGAAAGCGGAGGAAGCGGUAGUGUAUUUAAACGUCAGGACGAAUAGAGGACCGGAGGAGGAUUGCGUACUCGCGGGAAGCUCCCGGAUUACGAGCCGCGAAUCUGCCCCGACGCGCGUGGCAUCGUCCUCCGGCGUCGUCGUCCUCCUCCUCGAAGGAGAGGAGCAGCCCGGCUUGCGUGGCGCGCGUCGUCGUGGCCGCGGUCGACGGUCGACGUAGCGGUGGAAGAAGCGGUGCGUCGGCGGAGAAGAAGAAGAAGAAGGAGGAGGAGGAGGAAAAGAAAGACGUCGUUCCCUUCGUCGUCCACGCCGCAGUCGUCGCUUCGAAUGUGCUGAGGAUCCACGACACGGUUAUCUUUGACAGGAUAACGUCCGAAUGUGUCUUCGUCGUGCGGCUACGCACAGUGUCGAGGAGGAAAUAUGAGAGGCAAGGUGAACCAGGUAUAAGAAAAACGAGCCGAAUGAUGUUCAAUUGACAAAGACCGCGCAGCGCUAGGAAUGGCCCCCUUCAACUCCGUCUUCCUGGGUGUCUGGGGAGUGUUCGUUGUCAUUUUGAUACAAGAAUCGACACCCGUUAGCUGGGAGGAAUGGUGGACGUACGACGGCAUUUCCGGUCCGGCCUUCUGGGGUCUCAUCAACCCGGAAUGGUGGCUUUGUAACAAAGGUCGAAGACAAUCACCGGUCAAUCUCGAGCCUACCCGACUGCUUUUCGACCCGAAUUUACAGCCGCUUCAUUUAGACAAGCACAGAAUUAACGGCGUACUGGCGAACACUGGACACAGCGUGGUGUUUGCCGUGGAGAACGACACCCGUCAUCCCGUCAACAUCUCCGGCGGUCCGCUCAGUUAUCGUUAUCAGUUUCACGAGAUUCAUCUGCACUUCGGCGCGGACGAUCGCAUCGGCAGCGAGCACACCGUCGACGGGCACGCUUUUCCUGCCGAGCUCCAGAUAUUCGGCUUCAAUUCGCAGCUCUAUAACAACUUCACGGACGCCCUGCACAAAGCGCAGGGGAUCGUGGCGGUAUCGCUACUCUUGCAGGUGGGCGACCUCUCGAAUCCGGAGCUGAGAACGUUCACGCAGCAGCUGGAUAAAAUCAAAUAUGGAGGGCAGGCCAUGGAAAUUAAACGUUUCGGGGUGCGCGAACUUUUGCCGGACACGAAGCAUUACAUGACGUACGACGGCUCCACCACGAUGCCGGCGUGUCACGAGACCACCACAUGGAUCAUCCUCAACAAGCCCAUAUACAUCACCAAGCAGCAGCUACACGCUUUGAGACAAUUGAUGCAAGGGGAUGAAAAACAACCAAACGCGCCGCUUGCGAAUAACUUUAGACCACCGCAACCCCUUCAUCAUCGUCCCGUUCGGACAAAUAUUGAUUUUAAUAUUCAGGGUCCGAAAAAUUGUCCGACAAUGAACAGGGACAUAUAUUACAAAGCCAACAGCUGGAAACAAUACCCAGCACUGCCGUGAAGUCGACAUUCGCAGUAACUACGCUUUUCCCCGGAACGAGCUGGAACUUCGCUGUAAGGAAAAAAAUUGACAUAUCAAUUACAGGCGGGUGACGCCGGGUCACAAAAAAAAAAAAAUAAUAAUUACAGCAGAUAGAACGCGCGAGAGACGAUCGACGGCGCCUGCAUUGACGUCGAGAUCGAGAUUUAAAAAAAAAAAAGAUGCUUCGUUGUACUUAUUAGACGUGAAUUGCCAAGUAUGUUUCCAGUUAAACCAGAAGAAAAAAAAACAGAUAUAAACCUAUAGAUCACAAUUUAGACGAGAUAAGCUAAUCGUAUAAGAUCUAUUAUUAUACAUAUAUCGGUAAACUAUCGAGAAAAAAAAAAAUAAAAAGCUAUGACUAUCGUGGCCUGCGCGAAGGGUUGAGAGAUGCAAUUAUAUGUAUAAAAAUUCACGCGCGAUGGAACGCGCGCUAUCGAGCAAAAGUUUAUACUAUAUUCUUGUAAUAAAAGCUUGAAAACGUAGAACACA